CUUGAACCCCCAUCGCUAAGUCGGGGUUCGAACCCAGCUCUUCCCCGGUCAUCACCUGGCGCGCUGGGAUUGCCGAGCUACUGCGACUUCCCAGUUCGAAGCCAAGUUCAGCUCCUAAUCUCGAGUGCGCGACUUGGCGUUGGCCAGGUAAGCGACGGGAACGCACUCUGCACACGCUCAGAGGCACCGUCUUCUUCGCGCGCCGUCCUCCCUCGUCAGCCCUCCUCGUGAUCCUUUCCGUUCUGCUCCUCCAGCCACCUAGACUUUGCUCUUUCUUGGCAACGCAGUGCUGCCGUCCACGGAGCAGGCUGCGUUGCUGGAAGCUCCAGCAGGCGGAGCUCGCGGCUCGCCUCCGUCGCCCAGCCGGAAUCAGCAAGCGGGAGACGGAGCGCCCGGGUUUGUUUCGCUAGGAGCGGGCCUGGCUCUCUGGCCGCAUCCCGGACAGGCAGAGAUCCAAGGUGGCUGGAGGGGGUAAGGAGACAGCCGGCCAGGUAUGGGUCCGAUCCGGGGUCCUUUGCCGGGCGGAGGGGGUGCGAAGAGUAACACGGGAUUGGGACUCCCAGAGACAGCUGGGGGCGCUCUCUGAAGCUGGAAGGGUGGGAGUCGGGGCCCCAGAGCGCACAGCUCCGAAUUGGCCGAGCUUAUAAAAUGCAUGCAUAAAUACGUGCACUUUCAUUUAAGCAUGUUCCCCUUCCUCAUCAUACAGGCAUAUAUAUUUUUGCAUUUACUGCUGUAUGGAUUAAAUGCACACAUUUAUGUCUCUUGCAGCAUAUGUGCCAGCCCAGGAAUAACUGUUUUCAGUUUCCUACUAACUUCAGUCCAUUUGGGUGAGCCCAAGUGACAGGUGCCAUUAACUUUUCCAUUCUUGCACCCGUACGCAGACAUGCCAUACUUCUUGUAGUACAUAAACAUUGUCACAACUUAGAUCUGACAGCUGCAGUUCAUCCCCUGCCCUGCCUCAGCUUUGCAAUGGGCACCCCCAAAACUGCAUCACAUCUCUUGCUACUUACAGUCUUAAUUCAGAGGCACCAACAACCUCCCAUGGGCAUGGUAAUUACUAGUAGUUCAAAAUAUUCCCAUAUUUGGUACUUUUAUAAAUCUUCAUAUAUAUUUUUCUUCAGGUUACUUUUUCUCCAAAGAGUGGCAACAAGUCUUCAUGGCAUGAUUGCCAGUGGAUACUGGAUCUCUGUAAAGAAAAGACUUUAAGCAUAUUCACUUUGGCAGGUACUGUACUAGUUUCCUUAAUUGUGUACCAAAUUUGCAGUCCAGUUCCCUAUAUGACUUACUCCCAGAGAAGUGUGCAUAGGAUUACAACUUCAACUACUUAACAAGAACACGUGUCCAGAUUUGUGGAAUCUAAAUAGUGUUUUACAUAAUGUGUCUAAACAAAAUACAAAAGCCUGCAUUUUAAUAUGGAGAUAUUCAUCUUGUAGGAAAGGUUAGAUUGCAGAAGGUGUCUUAAGAGACAUAUGAAGUUUUUUGGGUGGAAAUUGCUGGCUACAAAUGCCAUCACUGGAACUGCCAAUCUCACUGCCUCCUCCUUCUGCUUUCUCUUAUGAUUUGAAUGACUGUGCUCCUCUGCUCACAGAUGCCAUGGGGGACCUCGGCCUGGGCCGGGAGUUUCACACCUGGCACCAGUUCAGCACGUUCUUUGACGACUGGUGCGAAAAGCACAAAGUGCUCUUCAUCAUCGCCAGCCUGAAGCCACUCAUCUCACUGCGCCAGAACCCACCGCACUAUCAGCCCAGCCUCGCCGAGACACUCCGCUUCCGUUUUGUGCGUCUCAUCUGCAAGCACAGCGGGACCUAUGUGGGGCAGAGCACGGUGCAACGCAACCGCCUGUAAGUCCAUCGUGUGUUUGAUUAUAUAAUGCUGUCUGUGUGCAUGCUGCUGCACAGGCCCCAUGCUCCGAGAUGUUUACAUGCUAAAAUUCUCUGAUUCCCAUUCCCCCAGUAUCAUUGAGACCCUCAAAGAGACACUGAUUGUUCCUCUAUAGCUUAGCCUCUAGAUGCUUUUGGGUUCCACCAGCCCAAGUCAGCAUGGCCAGUGGGCAAGGAUGAUGGGAGCUGUAGUCCAGCAACCUCUGGUGGGGCACAGGUUGCUUAUCCCUGCUCUAUAGAAAGCAAAACCCUAGGAUUUCUUCAUAGGGCCUCACCGAACAAGAUAUUCCUUGAGCUGUAAUUACUCCUGAAUUAAAAAUCCCAAGUGUAUAGUGCUGAAUUAAGGCGUGCUCUUCUGAAUAAAACCUACAGAGUUGGUUGGCCCUCUUUGCCUUUUUUGACAUAAGCACUGCAAAUAAUAGUCAUAGUCAUAAUAAUAAUAUUUAUACCCCGCCCAUCUGGCUAGGUUGUUGCAGCCACUCUGGGUGGCUAAACUACAAUACAUUCAUUUUUUUAAUUUUUAAUAAAUGAAGCCAUGGAAGAUUUCUUUUGAAAAAUCCACAAUAUGCUUGAGAUAUUUUUAUUUUCCCCAACUCCAUGUGAACUAUUUCCUCCAUGGGGGGACGGGGACGGGGCCCCAGACAGGGAGGGAUUGGCAGUGAUAGCAGUUCCUACUGGCAUCCAUUGGAGUCCAGUGUCAGUAGUGCUAUCGCUUCUUACUAAACAAACACCCUUUCUCCCCCCCCCCCCAACCAUCUCCUCCUUUGUAGCAGUGAGAAGAUCGACUGCCCAGCUUCUAUCACUCUGCGCCUGGGCCCCAAGAAGGACCGCUUGGUGGUGAUUGAGGCCAACCUGGAGCACAACCACCGCCUGUCGGAGCUGGAGUUUGCCCAUCACUUCAAGCGGCACCAGCUGAGGGCCAGCCUAGGGCUGCCCAUCCGCAUCACCAACAGCAUCUCCAAGCGCUUUCUGGCACCUGACCUUAUCUGGAACCUGGAGGACUACAGCAAAGCCAAAGACAAGGGCAUGUGCGACCUCCUGGCUGUUCUGGACGCUCUCUUCAAGGCAGAUCCAGGGGCCAAAGUCAAGCUUGUCUUCCAGGAGGAUGUGGCUGUCCUCAACAGCAUCUUCCUGGCCACCUCGCACAUGCGCAAGCUUGUGCAACAUUUCCCGGCUCGCCUCUUCUUGGAACGCGCUGCCUGCCUUGAUGCAGACUUUGAGCUCUACACCGUGCUUUGCCAAGAUGCCAAUGGGCGCGGGCGUGAGGUGGCCUACUGCCUGGCACGCCAGGGCCUGCCCGACCUUCUUAUAUUCAUUGUGGCUUCGCUGGUGCAGAGUGCCCCGGACAUCAAGUUGAGGGUGCAGGUGGUCACAGUAGGGGCUGGGGUCACAGGGCUGGACGCGGUGGAGGAGGUCCUGCCAUGUGCCCGGGUGCAGAUCUGCCGCCUGCAGGUCUUGGAGGCCCUCUACCGCAGAGCUUGCGAGCUGGCUGUGCCGAAGGAGGACCGGAUCCGCAACCUGUUGCUCAACCUGGCAAAUGCUGACUCACCGCGGGUCUACAGCCAGUACCUGAGCGACCUGGAAGAUGUCGCCCCACUCUCCUUUUUGCAGUACUUCCUGGAGCACUGGCACCCUCACAAGGGCAUGUGGGUAGAGUGCUGGGCCUUUGAGAAGAACCGGGAAUGCUCCUUCCUCGACCACCUUAGCACUCACCGCCGUAAGCUGCUGACAGUACUCACCCCUCCUAUGGUGUUGGCCACCUGCGUUCAGGGCCUACUAGAUCUCCAAGCCCUGCAUGUGGAGACCUCGACGUUCAACGUGGCACCUGUGGCUGAGCUGUACCAAACUGCCUGCCUGCCUGACAGCGCUGACCUUGUGGCCGAGGAACUGGACCUGGUGCCCCAUGCGCACUAUGAGCUCAAGGACACGCCUGAGGGCUACCUCUUGGAGGAAAGCACCUGCUCUUUCCUGGUGAGCCAGGACCUGGCCACUUGCAGCUGUUCUAUUUACAUGGCUCACCAGCUGCCCUGCCGGCACAUCUUUGCAGCACGCCUUUGGAUUGGAGAGCCUCUCUUUGACCCCUGCCUGCUUCCCACCUCACCAGAUAGGCAUCAAGACUGCACAGGCCAGGAGGAAGGCUAGCUAUGUUGCCCAAGUGCCGGUCUAAUAAAGUGGCAGAACACAGUCCUGGUGACCACUUAUGUAAUUGCCACUCUGGCACGAGGAAGAUGCUGGCUGCCACACCUCUUUGGGUGGAAGUGAUACAGCCUGUAGCAACACAGACUACUGACCAGCCGUCCCUGGACAGAAGUCCAGUACCCAGCCAUAUGGGUACUACGAAGCGUCACAUGAGCACUGCCACAUUCUAGGACCAAUACUAAUGGACCGAUCGUCUUAUUCAGUAGAAGGCAGCUUCCAGUGUUCCCAGGAUGCUAGUUCAUUUUGCAAGUCAAAGCACAGCUAAAAAAUGCCAAGUUCUGACCAUUUUCAGUGAGCAGAUCUGUGUACACACUGCCUUUAAAAAAUAUGUAAAGAUUGUGCACCAAGGUAGCUCAAUUUUUUUGUGAGGAAAGCUAAAUUCUGUAUACAUUACUUUAUGCAAUUUGCAGCACAAUCCUGUGCAGAGUUCCGUGAACCCAUCUACUGAAAUCAGUGGACUAAAGGUGUGCCUAGCUCGGCCUAGGAUAGGGUGUUAAGCAUAUUCUAAUUUUGUUAGUUAUAAGAGGAGGCAGAGAGCGGUGGAAGUCGCCGAAAGGCCAUCCUCCAACCAACAGCAGUCCUGCUCAGCUCUCCCCUAGGCUUCUUCAUUACCCCACCUCAAAUAUGUCCACUGACUCCAGAACCUGGAUUUUAUGCCUCAUAUUAGUUCUCCUAGUAGCCAAAUGCACAGAGCCCUAGGAAUAAGCAAUGUAUCUAAAUGGAUGGAUGUAUACCAUGCUAUCUGACUAUCUGAUCUAAUAAAUUCACUCAUUUAUUUAUUCAUUCAGAGAUUUAUAUCUUGCCUUUCAUAGUGUUGUGUCCUUAGAAGGAAAUGUAUGUACAGUUUUAAAAAAUAAAAAUAACAAUUAGAAAUGAAGCAUUGAUUUGCUUAUAGGCACCAGCAACUAAAAAAUUUCAGACCCACAAUGGACUGAAUUUUUUUCAAGCUUCUUAAAAACCAACAGACACUGAGAAGAUCGUGUUUCUGAUACCUGGCAAUCUAACAGCUCCUACCAACAGUCCGGAGAGCAGGAACUAGACAUGUAAUGCUCAAGAAAUUUCAUAACAGGAGCAAGCAAUCCUUCCAAUAACACAGUUGCAAACCAUUAGUGCUUUAAAGGCCAAAGCCAGCAAAUAGAAUUGCACAUGGAAGCAAAUAGGCAGCCAAUGUAACCAGU